AUGCUGCGUUGGCUUUUCUAGUUACUUUUCUUAGACAGCCCGCUGGUGCUGCUGAAGCAGAAGAGUUUUUGUUCUCAGGACAGGACUUGCUUUGUGACCACACGAGCUGACGGCGGGCACUGAAGUGUCGCUGAAGUUAUAACACUUCAGCCACGCGCACUUUAUUCAGCUGCAACGUGUCUGAACAGUUAUGACAGUUUUUGUGAACUGCUUGUGUGGGGUGGACUAUUUCAGCGGCUUUCUCGAAGGACAUCUUGCCCUGUGUAUGAGAGGGCGAGUUUAAGGGACUAGGGGGCAAUAGGAAAUGUGCAGUCUAACCACAUCUGUUCUUCAACACUUGAGAUAACCAAGUUUUCUGGUUUUUUGGAGUCCCGUUUGGUCAGUCAUUGCGUGGGAAUGCAGCAGGAGCGUUUGCUGAAAGUGCUGGUCAUCGGAGACUUAGGCGUGGGCAAAACGGCCAUCAUCAAGCGCUACGUCCAUCAGGUCUUCUCCCAGCACUACAGAGCCACCAUCGGGGUGGACUUCGCCCUGAAGGUCCUCAACUGGGACCACAAGACAGUGGUCCGCCUGCAGCUCUGGGACAUCGCUGGUCAGGAGCGCUAUGGCAACAUGACACGUGUGUAUUACCGGGAAGCAGUGGGGGCCUUGGUUGUCUUCGACAUGACCCGAGCCUCCACUUUUCAGGCUGUGCUCAAAUGGAAGGGUGACUUAGACUCUAAGGUUACCCUUAGCAACGGUCGACCAGUACCAGCUGUUCUACUGGCCAACAAGUGUGACCAGCAGAAACACGGCCUGUGUGCCAAACAGCCCAAACUGGAGGCUUUCUCCAGAGAGCACGGCUUUAUAGGCUGGUACGAGACAUCAGCAAAGGACAGCACAAACAUUGAUGCAGCCAUCAUGUGUCUGGUAGAGAACAUCAUGGCGAGUGAUGUUGAUAACACUCCUGUAGACUCAGAUCCUAGUCUAGUGAUCCUGCCUGCGUUUGACUACAACCUGCGCGAGCGCUCUCAUUCUGGCUGCUCCGCUUGCUCUAGACUGCGCUCACCUCCCAGAGACAACAAAGAAUUUUAAGAAAACAUGAAAAAGUCACACAGGAAUUGGUGUAAAUAUGGUGCAAAUAUGCAGUAGGUUUUAAAAUAAUUGCUGAAGGCAUAUCGGUAUUGAUGGGUAUUGAUAUUGGGUGAAUAUCAGGAGAAAAUGCAGGAUUGGAUAUCAGAGGGAAACUACAGAAUAUGUUCUAUUACAAAUCUAACCUGAAAUAUUAGUUGUUUCAGAUUUGGCUUGUUAUACUGGGUUCCUUCCAGGCCACAGCUCUGCAGAGAAUUGAGUUUUUCCUCACCUAAUGUUUUAGAUGCGCACCUUAAAGGAAUACUCUGGCCAAAAUAAAAAAUGUAACCAUUGCUAUAUCUGUAAACAUGCCUAAACACCUCCUACAGACGUGCCACAGUAUUUUCAAGUUUAACCCUUGUGGUGUUCAUGUGUUUGUGACUCACUGGGUCUGGUGGAUCCACCACAUUAUUAUUAUUAAAAUCAACAAUAUAACAAUUUAUGUAAAAAUGUCAGAUGUUUAAAAUAUCACAAGUGACCUGCAUAGGGUUUUCCUUUAGCAGCUGUAGCCAGUCAGCAACCGUUUCAUGUUGUGCACCCUCACAAACACGCUCCACACACACACACACACACACACACACACACACACACACACGCACACACGUAUGCACACACAGACACACACACAUGCACACUGACAGCAGGCGAUGUAGGGUUCACCCCAACACCACAUGUGUAAUAUAAAUGUGUAGGGGCAGUAAUCUUAAUAUCAUGUGUAAAUAUUAGCCUCUACAUUAGUGGCUAUGCUAGCACUCAGAAUUUCUUUACUGCAUCUGUAUCACCUAUCUAGUGAAUGCUGGGUAUUGUCAUGAGAAAACACUGAAAACACAAAAACACAACAAAAUCAUGAACUGUGUCAAAAAAGAGGCUGAGGAACACAAUGCUGCACUACAGAAAAUUACAGUACAUAACAAAAUAUUAAGUGCUUUUUGUGGGUCAGAAUGUCCCCAGUGAAGUGUUAAGUGAAGUGAUUCAAUUGGAAAUAGUUUACAUAUUUUGUUUAUGUAUUUAAAUAUAUUUAGAUAUCUACCUAUAAUAAGAAUAAUACAGAUAAGAAGUAUUAUUAUUGUUAUCAUUAUUAUAAAAUAGUAAAUGUAUCAUUAUUUCAUUGUCAGACAAGCAAAGUGAUGCAACAACUUGAGUCAUGUGUAACUUCUGCUAACUAACAUCAUGCAUCUACUGAAUGUGCUAAAAAAGAUUAUUUUAUAGAUCAUGAAAUCAUGAAUGUGCCUGUAUAUGUAUCUGUAUCUGAAUUUCUGCCGGUGCUUUAGAGAUGCAUGUGAGGAAAAAAUGGACUAUAGAUUGCUUUACACUUUUUAAAUAUCAGCUCAAAAACACAGUAAAAUGCAUGAAAAGAGGAA